AUGUGGGGCUUCUUGUAUUACCUGGGCCUGAGCCUGGGCCUGGCCUGCUCCACUGCCCAGGCCAAGCUGUGCCUCUCCAGGCAGCUCAAACUGAAUGGGGACUACAUCCUGGGAGGCCUCUUCCCCUUUGGAAUCAAAGAAGAUGGAGUCCUGGAGAGGACCCAGCCAAAAGGAGUACUCUGUACCAAGUUCUCGGCACUGGGGCUGCUGUGGGCUCUGGCCAUGAAGAUGGCCAUUGAAGAGAUCAACAGCUCGUCAGCACUGCUGCCCGGCGUGUCCCUGGGCUAUGACCUCUAUGACACGUGCACCCUGCCCAUGGUGACCAUGAAGCCCAGCCUCCUGUUUAUGUCACGAAUCGGGAGCCGGGAUAUUGGCGCCUACUGCAACUACACCCAGUACUUGCCACGUGUGGUGGCGGUCGUCGGCCCCCACUCCUCCGACCUUGCCCUCAUCACGGGCAAGUUCUUUGGUUUCUUCCUGAUGCCCCAGGUCAGCUAUGGGGCCAGCACUGACCGGCUGAGCAACCGUGAAUUGUACCCGUCUUUCUUCCGGACCAUCCCCAGUGACCGGGUGCAGCUACAGGCCAUAGUGGACCUGCUGAGCCUGUUUAACUGGAAUUGGGUGGCAGCCGUGGGCAGCGAUGAUGAGUAUGGGCGCCAGGGGCUCAGCAUCUUCUCCACCCUCGCCAACAGCCGGAGCAUUUGCAUUGCCCACGAAGGCACCCUGCCACUGCCCAGGGUUCAGGACUCCCAGGAUCUGGGCAAGGUGGAGUCUAUCCUGCGACAGAUCAACCAGAGCAGCGUGAAGGUGGUGGUCCUGUUCUCCUCUGAGGCGGCUGCCCGCAACCUGUUCCAGUACUGCAUCCAGACCAAGGUGACCCCCAAGGUGUGGGUGGCCAGUGACUCCUGGCUGGUGUCUGAGCAGGUCAGCAGACUGCCUGGCAUCCAAAGGGUGGGCACCAUCCUGGGAUUCCUCCUGCGGAGCUCUCCACUGCCCGAAUUCAGUGACUAUGUUAACCAGUGCCUGACCCAGGCCGCCAACCAGACCUUCUGUGACACCCUGGGAGAGGCCCCGCCCCAGUCCCACGAUGACGUGGUGGGGCCACAGUGUCCACAGUGUGACGACAUCAGCCACAAGGACAUCGAGUCUGGUCUGCUCCAUCACCAGACUUUUGCUGCCUAUGCUGCCGCGUACAGUGUGGCUCAAGCUCUCCACCUCUCCCUGGGCUGUAAUGCCUCUGGAUGCCCCUCCCAGAACCGCAUUCGGCCCUGGGAGCUCGUGAGCAAGAUGUAUGACCUGCGCUUCUCCGCCCGCUCACUUACCCUGCAGUUUGAUAACAGUGGGAACGUGGACAUGCCCUACGACCUGAAGCUGUGGGUCUGGCACAGUAACAAGAAGUUGGAACUCCUUACCGUGGGCUCCUUCCAAGGGGGCCUGAAGCUCAAUCGCUCCCAGAUCCGCUGGCAUGGCCAAAGCAAUGAGGAGCCCGUGUCCAGGUGUUCCCGAGAAUGUGAGGAGGGCCAGGUGAGGAGGAUCAAAGGUUUCCACUCCUGCUGCUAUGACUGUACGGGCUGCAAAGCCGGAACCUAUAUGCAGAACCGAGAUAACUUGUCCUGCACUGCCUGCGAACACCACCAGUGGUCUCCUGAUCUCAGCACUCAGUGUUUUCCCCGCACCAUCAGAUUCUUGGCGUGGGGAGAGCCGGUGGUAAUCGCUUUGCUCCUGCUGCUGGUGCUGGUGAUGGGUCUGAGCCUGGCGGCUCUGGGGCUCUUUUGCUACCACUGGGCUUCCCCAGUGGUGCGGGCCUCAGGAGGCAACCUCAGCUGCUUCGGUCUGGGCUGCCUGACCCUGGUCUGCCUCAGCGUCCUCCAGUUCCCAGGCCGGCCCAGCAGGGUCAGCUGCCUGGCUCAGCAGCCCCUCUUCCACCUGACGCUCACUGGCUGCCUCAGCACCCUCUUCCUCAAAUCGGCCGAGAUCUUCCUGGCAUCGGAGUUCCCGGGCCGGGCAGGGCGGCUUCGCAACUGGCUGCAUGAGCCCCGGGCCUGGCUGCUGGUGACCCUGCUGCUGCUCAUGGAGGGGGCACUCUGCACCUGGUACCUGCUUGCUUUCCCACCAUUCGUGAUGACUGACUGGCAGGUGUUGCCCCGUGAGGCCCUCAUCCAUUGCCGGGUCCGCUCCUGGUUCAGCUUUGGCACGGUGCACAUGGUCAACGUGGCGCUGGCCUUCCUCUGUUUCCUGGGCACCUUCAUGGUGCAGAGCCAGGCUGGGCGAUACAAUGUGGCCAGGGGCAUCACCUUUGCCAUGCUGGUGUACUUCAUCACCUGGAUCUCCUUCGUCCCACUCUUUGCCAAUGUGCACAAGCUCUACCAGCCGGCUGUGCAGAUGGCCGCCAUCUUGCUCUGUGCCCUUGGGAUCCUGGCCACUUUCUACCUGCCCAAGUGCUACCUGCUGCUCUGGGAGUCACACCUCAACACUCAAGAGUUUUUCCAGAGCUUUCUGGAGCUGGGGCCAUGGGACAGAGGAAAAGACCAGGAAGGGAAGGCAGCCAAGAAAGAGAGCCAGUGAUUUCCGAGGCCUAGGCCCAGGCUGACCCUAACUCCACAAGAAUUCUGAUCUAAGACCCCAUGAUCCCAACCCCACAGUAACUCACUCUCAGUAAACCUGGGACUGUGGCCCCAGCAAGACCCCACAGUGACUCUAACCUGAGAUCCCCCAUGGCCCCACAAUGAUCCUGCCUUUGUGAUCCCAACCCCAAUAACACAGGGUCCUAGGGUCCUGACCUCAGUAUCUCCCUUACCUCAAACCUGGCCCCAUGAAACCAGAGUGUCCCCUAAUUCCAGCCUACAGUGACCACUCCCCUCCAAGUUCUGUCCAGUCUCUAAAGCAAAGAUUCUUCACCUGGGGUCUAUGAAGUGGUUUAAAAAAAAUUUUUUUUGAUAACUGUAUUUCAA